AUGAUGUGGCAGGGGCUGGCAAUGGCGGCCUGUCUCCUCAUGUUCCCCACCGUGGCCACAGAGGAUUGUCUGUCCUCCUGCUCCCUAUGUGCGGUGAAGACCCAAGACGCCAACCCCAUCAACCCCCUGAUUUGCUCCUUGGAAUGUCAGACCUCUCUGUGGCCCUCCGAGGAGUGGAGCAGGUGCCAGGGUUUUCUGUCCUCUUCUGCCCGUGGGCUGCGAGGUGAUGAUGGUUUGCAGAGCAAGGCAGCGUUGGAAGAAGAUUACAGCCAGCUGGCCCGGCUCCUGAGCCCCUUCCUGAAGGAGCUGGAGAAAAGCAGAGAUCUCCCCAGCACCCCAGCAAAGGAGAGUCUCAGAAGUCUCUGGGAGGGGCUUGGGGAGGGUGAGGGUCCCGAGCGGAUGGAGGAAGCCCUGCCGGGCAAUGGCGCGCUUGAUUUUGGAGAGGAGCCCGCCAAGGAGCAGGUCAAACGCUAUGGGGGGUUUUUGCGCAAAUACCCCAAGAGGAGCUCAGAGGUGGCUGGGAAGGGGGACGGAGAAGGGGACGGGGUGGGCCACGAGGAUCUGUACAAGCGCUACGGGGGCUUCUUAAGGCGUAUCCGUCCCAAGCUGAAAUGGGACAACCAGAAGCGCUAUGGCGGUUUCCUCAGGCGCCAGUUCAAGGUGGUGACUCGGUCUCAGGAGGACCCCAGCGCCUACUCCCAAGAGCUCUUUGAAGCGUAA